AUGGCUUCGUUUUCAGGCAGCGGCAGAGGUGGCUGGGCUCCACGCAGAGGGCGAGGCCGCGGAGGAAGAGCGCCUCACUUCGCAAAGAACAGAGAGCUGCCAAAACCGGAUCUCCAGACACAUCCGCUUGGAGACCCUGUGAAAGUGUUUCGCAGCUCCGAUCUGAGUCUGAAACCAAUCGACUCGGCGGAGAUAUCGAAUUGCCAACAUGUCGCGUCGUACAACUGGCUCAAUGACGAGGUACCUACCAUCGUCGUUCCAGGUAAACCUCCUCGCUGGACACCACUCCAAGCUCCACAGCGUUUGAAAGAAGACGACGGACAGUACUUUCGCGACCCCAAUGCUGCAAAGUAUCCCGACUUCCCCAUGGCACCCGUCGUACAUGCUAUUACAGAGACCGACCCCGAAUUCGACGCUACGAACACCGAUGUCUUCGCAUGCGGAAGCACCCUUGGCAACCUCCUGCGCUUCGCUCGUGGUGUCGACAAAGCCUUUCGGUUUAACAUCGAGGUCAUUGGCGAGACUGUCUUCUUUGUACGGAAAGAGAACGACCCCAAAGAAGUUAUCAAGGAUAUCAGAGGCUUUGGUCAUACGUUUCCAGAAGCAUACACCACAUGGGAGCAUAGUGUCAAGGGUUCUGAGACACACCAGCGCAUCAUACGAUAUGAGUUUGGCGGCUUGGAGUGUCUUGUACGCUUCGAAAGCGACGGCUACAUUGAUGACUCCCUAGCAGUCCGUGAUGUCGCGCCCGCACAGACUGCUGGGGACCAAGAUGAGCUUCUGCAAGCAUUCCAGCAAGCAGCCAUCGGCCGUUCGCCCAGCAACGCGAUGGGUAAGCCGGAAGAGCUCAAGAUCGAACACCGCGGAUCUACAGUACCGCAUCACUCCAUCUUUGACCUGAAGACACGCUCAGGCAAAUACAAGAAACCCAUCGACAUGACCGACAUCUACCCGGCGCUCUGGAUGAAACAGAUAUCCAACUUCAUCGUUGCCUACCACGACGGCCAUGGCCUCUUCGAAGACAUACAGGUACAAGAUGUCAAGAAGGAUGUGCGAGCCUGGGUCCGAGAGAAUAGAGACGGUAUCCGCCGCUUCGCAACACUACUUAAUGAGAUUGUUGACAUCGCCAAGAGCAGCACAAACAAGUUGCUCGAAGUGUAUUGCCCCGGAGCGGAUCGCUUAGAGGUCCGAAACCAGUACGGUGACGGCGUACACGCGCUGCCUGCAGACUUGGUCGACAGAUGGGAGAAGACUCAGGUUACUGUUUCCUCUACUCAGGAUGAUGCUUCGGAUGAGGACGAAUACAGUGAUGGCGGUGUCGAUCUUAAUGCAAGGUAUGGGCUUGGCAGUGGCUACGACUCAGAGUCUGAGCCAGACUACACUGCCUGUUCUGCUAACGACUGUGGGUACUGUGGAAAGUUCGGCAAGACCUUCUGCGACGAACUCGACUUCCUGGCAGCGAUUCCGAUCAGUCUGCUUGUUUGCGCACUCAUGCCACUAGCAGUCGUCAACGAGGAGAACAAGAAGCAGAUUGGCAAGGACGCUGCCGUCAUCUACCGGGACGAGCUGGUGUCGAGGCUGCAGCAUAUACAGGACCUCAACUCAGCUCUGCACGGCCUCCUCCAGAAAACCUGCACGACCCCUACCAACGUCAGCAAUUCAGAGCUAGAGCAGUUCCAACAGAAGGUCAAAGAUCAAGACUAUUUCUACGAAACAAUCGCCAUGCUUUCUACCCAUGUGCAAUCUAUCAGGAUGGAGUUGCAACAUCUGGGCGCGCAAGUCGGGGCGGCCCUCCUCUUGACCGACUUCAAUCCGGAAUACUUCCCCCAGUGGGAUAUUGAGAAAAGAACCGCACACCCGCUGACAACGGCCAUUAACAAUGCCAGCCGAGACACCGUCCAUCUGCCAGGCUUCAACGACGUCUACGACCAGUUCGAUGUUGCAUUCAACGAAGAAGAUGUCAAGAUCCCUCUGGAAGAUAAGCCCUCCAGCGACAACCUUGUUCGAAAGCUCCGUGACAUCGUCCCGGUAUUGGAGACAGACGACAGAAAGAUGUCACGCCGUUCACACAGCAAGAUGCCAAAGAAAGAGGUGGAAAAUACAGAUGAGGGUAUUAUGAUGGACGGAGAGAUGUCUGACCACGAGUCGUUGCAGCCGAAGCUCAAGUACACAAUGGGGCGUCAUGCAAAGAAGUACGAGAUCUCAAAGGGAAGGACCAAAUCAAGGAACGCCAUCAUCAUGGCGCCUAAGCAUUCGACUGCCCUCAACGCUCUCACUAAGGCGCAUCCUAGAGUCCCCUUACCACUAUCGGGCGGCAACUCGAAGCCGGCAGAUCCGCGCAAACAUUCCCUCGUCACUCUACCCGCCGAGCUUCGCAACAAAAUCUUCGAGUAUCUCGUCGAGUUCUCCGAGCCCGUCAAGGUCACUUUCCGCCGACAUUUUGAAUAUAGCUCCGAGCGCAUAAGCUUCUCGCUCCAACCAGAACAUCAGCGUCACAGGAGCUUGCUUCUGACAUGUCGGACUAUUUACUCGGAUGUGGCUUCGGCCUUUUAUGCCAACAACAAGUUCCUCAUAGCUCCGGACAGCUACCAAUACUCACAGCGUAGUCAAGCGACUGCGGACGAGAUUGCUGUAUUAUUUCUCCAGCGAGUGGGCUCGCAGGUUCAUUGGAUCCGUAAAGUUAUCCUUGAUAUUACGAGUAGGCCGUGGGCCUUGAACUUCGAUAGGUGUGUAUUCCGGUACACAUACGAUGUGUUUGAGGUCGGCAUACUUUUGAGAUUCCUCUGGCACCACCGCCUCGCUAUCGAGAUCGCUUACUUGCAAGCCAAGGGAGCUUCCCGGGAUGUCUGUAAUCCUCCAGCGAUGACCCGGGUCAUGCGCUGUAUUCUCGAAGGCCAAGUGAUGCUAAAGGCAUCUCGCAGUCAGAUGCUCGAGAUUGCAAUCAAAUAUGACGGCUCCGGUGGUAUGUUCCGUCUGGGUAAAGUACCACCUGGCGCACCAAGCCGAUUUGCACUCGAUCGCGCUCAACAAAUCUACAGCUUCGCCGCUGAGGAUAGUGGACGGUGCCUCACCUUGACAAAGCCGACACCUCCUACCUUGUUGACAUUACCCGUUCAUCCCGUACUCUCCAAGAUCUUUUCCGAGGUCCUCAGUGAGCGGGAGAAAAUCUGCAUCGAUCUUGAUGUCGACACGAGCUUGCCAGUCAACUUCACUCACGUCAAUAGGCGGUUUCACGAGAGCUGUUGGGCAAGCUUGCUACAAGCCGCAACGUACACAUUGCUGCUUCAUUCAAGAGAAAAGCGCAGUACGUUCACUAACUUUAGCAAACUUGCUCGCAUCUUACGUCGUACAUUUACAACUCCCGAGGAUCCUGGACAAAACUACCACGGGAUAUCAGGACCUUUGCGGUGGUCAGCGCCCCAUUGGAAGCUGGAGAAGUCACAAGAGCUCAGCGUUGUGCUGGAGUUCGACCUAGCCGAUCCGACCGCCUUGGAAGACCUGCGAAUCAGCGUGCUGCCCUUACUUUUGGAGACAUCUUCGUAUUGGGGUGAUCGCACUGUCACGAUCCGUUCAUUGACCUCUACACCGGGUGGCCGUUCCCUUUUCGCCGAGCAAACAAUCACGUUUCAAGAACUUCGACUGAACGCUAUGAAUGCGCUGGAACACACAUUCGGUAAGACUGUUGGGUACGCAGCUACUACGAUGUGGGUAAACGGGUUGGGAAAGGUCGUCGAGACAGAGUUCAGUCGUUUCUCUAGCCCAUAUCGCAUCCAAUACGACCCGGCAAAAGCACGCGGGGGAGUCGGCGGUAGGAAAUCGCGUGAAGUGUCCUCUAUUUACCCAAAGGAUCAGUACUUCCACGGACAAAAGACCCGACACGACUGUCAAUCAAAAGAUUGCAAGCAGCUGUUCCCAUCUCAGUACUCCGCGGUAACGGUAUUGGAUUAUCUCGAGGAGGUCUUGACCAGGUAUGACGUUAAGAACAAACCUGAUUCGGGCAAUGCGUAA